AUGCACUUAGUACAUUCAUGUAAUUAUGAAUCAUGUUUUGUGUGCUUUCAUUGGCAAAUUCGUGGUUGUUUAUUUUAAUGACAUUCUGAUAUAUAGUAAGAGUUUAACUGAUCAUAUUGAGCAUCUGCAAAUGAUUGUCUUUUUAGGGUUUGUUGUUUCAGCUGAUGGAAUUGUAAUAUACGAAGAAAAGAUUAAGGCUAUUAAAGAAUGGCCAACACCUAAGAAUACUUCUAAGGUGCAGAGUUUUCAUGGUUUGGCAAGUUUCUACCGGAGAUUCAUCAAGGACUUCAGCACAAUUGCAGCUCCAUUGACUGAAAUCGUGAAAAAAAGUGUUGGAUUUAAGUGGGAAAGUGAACAGGAGAAUUCUUUCAAUUUGAUUAAGGAGAAUUUAAUUUCUACAUCAUUACUUGCUUUACCUGAUUUUACUAAAACUUUUGAAAUUGAAUGUGAUGCAUCAGGUAUCGGCAUUGACGCUGUUUUGAUGCAAGAGCAGCGGCUUAUUGCAUUUUUCAAUGAAAAAUUGACUGGUGCAGCACUUAACUAUCCUACAUAUGACAAAGAGAUGUACACAUUGGUAAGGGCCUUAGAAACGUGGCAGCAUCAUCUUUGGCCUAAGGAGUUUGUGAUACAUACUGAUCAUCAGUCAUUGAAGCACCUCAAGGGACAAGGUAAGUUGAAUAGACGACAUGCUAAGUGGGUGGAAUUCCUUGGAACAUUUCCCUAUGUGAUCAAGUACAAGCAAGGAAAAGAAAACAUUGUGGCUGAUGCAUUAUCUCGCAGGAUGUGUGAAAGGUGCAUAACAUGUAAACAAGCAAAAUCUAGAGUUUUACCACAUGGUUUGUAUACUCCCUUACCCAUACCUACUGAACCUUGGGUUGAUAUAUCUAUGGAUUUUGUUCUGGGCUUAACAAGGUCAAAAAGAGGCCGUGAUUCUAUUUUUGUUGUUGUUGACAGGUUCUUGAAGAUGGCACACUUCAUUCCAUGUCAUAAAACCGAUGACGCAACCAAUAUUGCUGAUCUGUUCUUCAAGGAGGUUGUUCAUUUACGUGGUGUUCCAAGGACUAUUGUUUCUGAUCGUGAUGUUAAGUUCUUGAGUUACUUUUGGAAGACCUUGUGGGGAAAGUUGAGAACUAAGCUAUUGUUUUCAACUACUUGUCAUCCACAAACUGAUGGAUAAACAGAAGUGGUUAAUAGGACGUUGUUAGCCUUAUUGUGUUCUAUUAUUCAAAAAAACUUAAAGAAUUGGGAAGAAUGUUUGCCGCAUGUUGAAUUUGCUUAUAAUCAGAGCAUCCAUUCAGCAACUAACUGUUCACCAUUUGAAGUUGUGUAUGGUUUGAAUCCACUCACCCCUUUGGAUUUAUUGCCAUUACCCAUUGAUGAACAAGCUAGUUUGGAUGGGAAAAAGAAAGCUGAAGUGGUUAA